CCUGUCGCAUCUGAACCAUCUGGAGAUGACGACACUCCUGUCGCAUCUGAACCAUCUGGAGAUGACGACACUCCUGUCGCAUCUGAACCAUCUGGAGAUGAUUCCGAUAGUGAUUAUGAAGCCGAAUCUGAUCCAGAAGGUAGUAGCAGUGAUGAGGCUGAUUUCAUUCCAUUUCGGUUUGUACGUGGACGUCAAAGUAACUCUGUGGCAGUUUCUGUCAGUGAUAAUAAGGAGAGUGAAGCCAUGCCUGUUGACCAUUCAGUACCUAAUACCUCACCUGCCCAUGCCUCUGCAAGUGUUCAAAGUGCAAAAGUCUCAAGCUCCAGUUGCAGUAUUAAUGUGAUGACCACUUCAAACAACAACUGUAGAAAGUGGGACAAACCUCAGUACUGUAAAUUUUGUAGUCAACCACAAAAGAAACUGCCGAGGCAUCUGCUUACACCACAACAUGUCAACGAGACUGAGGUUCAGCAAUGGAUUGCAACUAAAGACAUGAAAGAAAAGGCAAACUUGCUAGCUAAAAUGAGAAAUUACGGAAACUAUCGUCACAAUGUCAAAGUCCUUCAAGAAAAUAAAGGUACCUUGAUUGUUGCAUACAGACCGAAAUAUGAUGUGGAUCCAGAAGAAUAUUUGCCAUGUAGUCAUUGUUAUGCUUUCUAUUCCAAGGAUGAUUUGUACAGGCAUGUUCAUAGAUGUAAAUUGCGACCAGAUGUUGAGGAUGAGGAUGAGACCUGUGAACCACCCAAGAAGAAAAAAAGAACCUUACAUGUUCAAACUGGUAGAAUGAUGCUUCCAGGCCCAUCAGGAGUAAGCCCAAAGGUGCACAUGAUAUUAUCAAUGGGAGUCGAUGAUGAUAUAUUGAGAGUUGUGAAAUCAGAUAGAUUAAUGCAGCAAGUAGCAGAGAGGCUGACAUUGAAGCAUGGGCAUGACAAAGACCAGUAUUCAUAUAUACGGCAAAAAUUGCGUGAACUUGCACGACUGGUUCGUGAGUACAGAAAAUUGAAUGAUCACCCAUCGGCUUCAUUAGUAGAUUUGAUUUGUCCUACCAAAUUUAAUGAGGUCAUAGCUGCAACUAGGAAGGCUGCAGGAUUUAAUGAGGAUACACAUUUGUACACAACACCUAGCCUGGCACUGAAAGUCGGAUAUACACUGGUGACGGCUGCCAAAGUCCUUAUGGGAAAUGCUCUGUUGCAAGCAGAUGCUGGUUUGGAAAAGAAAUGCAAACAGUUCAUCAAAUCAUAUACUCUCAAGUGGGAAGCAGAAGUAAGCACACAUGCACUGCGUACAUUAAAAGUAAACAAGAGAAAUACAUCAAGGCUGCUUCCUUUGACAACAGAUGUUGUUGCACUGUCCAAUUAUGUGAGAAAAGAAACAAAAGAGGGAAAACAGAAGCUGAACAGCUGCAGUAGUGAUGAGACCCUUGACAGAUGGAAACAGUUGGCUGAGGUUACCCUGACCCAGGUGUGUGUUUUCAACAGGAAGCGUCCGGGAGAAGUUUCAAAGAUGCCCCUCAGUGAUUACAAGUGUAUCACAAAAGGAGAAGGUGGAAUAUUUGGUGAAGGCCUAACCAAAUGGGAAAAGGCGUUGUGCAAUGUGGUAUGGAGGGUGGAGAUUAAUGGGAAAUGCAAUAACACUGUACCCGUUUUGCUAACAGAUGACAUGAAAGGCAGCAUUGACUUGUUGAUGGAGAAAAGGUCACAAGUAGUCAAUGAUGGAAAUCCCUACUUGUUUGCAAACCCCGAUGGAAGAGGCCACUUGAGAGCAACUGAUACAGUGCGAAAUCAUGCCCAAAAGUGUGGAGCAAAGUAUCCAGAUCAGCUUAGAUUGACAAAACUCAGGAAGCACAUUGCUAUCAGCUCUCAGAUCAUGAAUUUGAAGGAUAAUGAAGUGGACAUUUUAGCCACCUUCAUGGGCCAUGACAUAAGAACCCACAGAGCCUACUACCGCCUGCCAGAUGCGUCACUGCAAGUAGCAAAGAUUUCUAAAGUACUCUUCAGCAUGGAGAAGGGAGACCUAAAGGCAAUGGCAGGAAAGACGUUGGAUGAUGUUCGUGUAGAUGCAGAUGAAGAAUGCAACAUAGAUCCAGAUGUUGAUGAUGAUCCUGACAACGAAGUGAACAGGCCCGAUGAUGCUGUUUUGAUGGAUGAGAUGUCAGACAAAGAAAAUGAAGGUAUGAGCAUGCCGCAGCAAAGCAGAAAGAAGAGUGACCAAGUUGCAAACAAGGAAAGUGACCGUGGUGCCAGCAGAAAGAAAAGGAGUAUCAGACAAUCUUGGACAGCUGAAGAAAAACAAGCAAUACACAGACACUUUAAAGAAGAACUACGCUCACGCCAACUGCCCGGUAAAGAAAAAAUAAUGAAGUACUGCAAGAUGGAUGCAGACCUGAAGGGUCGUACUAAAAGGUGGACAACAGUCAAAGAUUUCAUUAGAAACCAAAUUAGAAAGACAAAUCCACUGGAUUUUUAGUGAAUUUUCAACCUGUUAUGAGUGAAAUUAAUCAUGUUCAUCACACUCCGCAAUUUUGGAUGAAAUCUUUUCAGGUACUGACAUGCGUAAAAUGUGGUUGCUUCUUAUUCAUAUAACCCACUUACUGGUUUCCUUGAUGAAGGGCUGUGCUUUGGAAGAGGUGCACCUUUAUAUAGGUUAACAGUUAACUCCAUGGCCAGGAAGCAUACUGUGUGUAAAGCAGUGUAUGGUUCUGCAAGUCAAAUGGGAACUUAAUAGGAAAAACUUAAUUACCUGCCCAGUUGGUCAGGGCCAGGGAGUAGACUUGUGUCUAACAGUAUGUAUACUGUAUAGAAGAUUGUAAGGCAAAUGGGAACUUUUGUGCUAAAGUUGUUUGAUAAGCCCCAGUUUGCCAGGUUAACGUUUUGCAGUUUAAAUGAUGACUUACAGGUCAAUUUUAUCAGCUCCCAUAUCACCAGAUGGUCAACGUCAGUGAGCAUCACAUGUGUAACAAUGUGCAUAAAGGUUUACAGGUCAAACUCCAACUUUGCUCACUUCCCCUAGAUUAGGUUCAUGGUUGAUAGGACUCGUGAUAGGACUAGAUGUAUAAUGUUUUCCAUAUCAACUGGGAAUUAAGAGCCAACUGUGAUCAGGUCCUCAGUUGGCUUAGACCAUGACAAGGAAGCAUCCACAUGUGUACACUAUGUAAAAUAAAGUUUGCAGGUCAAAUAGGGACUUUAGGCCAACUUUGCUUGGCUCCCCAGUUAAAUAGGCCAGUAUGUAAUGUUUUGCAAUCAACUAGUGACUUAUGGGCAAUUUUGAUCAGGUCCUCAGUUGGCUUGGGUCCGAUUACCAGGAAGCAUCCGCAUGUGUACAUUGUGUGAAAGUUAAGUUUGUAGGUCAAAUGGGCACUUUUGGUCAACUUUACUUGGCUCACCAGUUGAUCAGGGCCAUGAUGACUCGUCAAAGGACCGCUAUGUAUAAUGUUUGGAUUUAAGAGCCAACUGUGAUGAUCGAGGUCCUCAGUUGGCUAGUUCCAGCUGAUGAGGAAGCAUCCACAUUGUGUAAACUAAAGUUUGCACGUCAAAUGGGGACUUAUGGCUAACUUGACUCGUCAAAGGCCCGCUACUUGCAAAAUUUAGAUUUUUAAGUACAUUGCAGAUCAAAUGGGACAUAGCUACCACCUUUGAUCCUCAAUUAGUCAAGGCCAGGUGAAGUCCCAUGAAAUUGAAAAUUGUGUAAAAAGUAACAUGUCUAAUUUUGAUUUAUGAGACAACUUGGUUAGCAGUUGGGUUUUGACUGUUGGUCAAUUACCAUGGACCUUUGGCCUUUAUUAGACUUUAUAAAUAUCUCACCACUCUUGUCCAAUUUCAUCUAAGUUUGGACCCUUUUUUUCAAAAAAAUCAUCAAAAAGUAGACCAUUUGCCCCUUUUGUGAAAUUUAAUCAGGUCCUCGCACUCAGCUAUUGGGUAGGGCCAGAUAACCAUUAAAGCAUAAUCAUGUGUUCAAUGUGUUUCUAUUAAGUUAUGUCUGCAGAUCAAAUGGGACUUUGUACCAUCUAUGAUCAGAUCCCCAGUUAGUCAAGGCCAAAUUGUGAAUAAAGUUUUACAGAUCAAAUGUGGACUCAAAGCUUGCCAGCUUCGAUAAUUUUCCAGUUGCAGUCAAUUAUCAGGGAGCAUUGACCAAUGUGUAACAGUUUGUAUAAAGAUUUGCAGGGUAAGUGGGGUAUAUUUCUGCGACAAACUAUGAUCAGCUUCUGAGCCAAGAACAUUGUUUAUUUAAGGAUGCACUCAGCAACAUGCUUUAUGCAGUAUAGUUCAUCUCGUAUGUAACUCAAAAACUAUUGAUGGGAAGUGUAUAAAGGUAUACAUUUUCUGGCUGAAAAUGACCUGUUAAAUCCAUUGAACACAUACAAUUUGGACAACAAUUUAUCAUUUUUUUUACCCAUUUUUUUCGACCACCAUAAAUAAAAUAUCCUUGCAACAAAAAAUUAUUUUCCUAGUGUCCAAAAUAUAACUCACAAUGUACCAAAAAUAUAAUAACCAAGUUUGAACUUAUGAGUUGUGGGCUAUAAAAAAAGUUCUAGGGCCUAAUUACAAAAAAACGUUACUAGAUUUUAGUAGGUACAAUGUAUUCUGUAUGAAAUCUUAAAUCAGAAAUGUUUUAUUUUUGAGUCCUGAGGGUUCAAAACUCAUAUAAACUAUUAAAAAUGAAAUGGCUGAAAUUAUGAUUUUAUGCAGAAACAUGGAUUUUCAGUUGCAUUUUCAAUCUCAUCUUGAAAACCCCAAGAUCCUGUGUCUCGAUCCUGACUUUGGUAUACGGUUGCCGACAAUAUGCUGCAUCCGAUGGUACAUUAGACAUUUUUUCCAAUUGAAUUUAUAUGGAUUUGAGAGUAAACGUCCACAUGGUCUCACCAUCUGUUUACAUUGCUUGCUGUUUCCAUGGGCGUUGUGUCACGUAGAUAGAUUGCGCGGAUAUUGCACAUCGUGUUGCAAUGUGACGGGACACGUAGCAUGCAUCGCAUAAACGGACACUGUCAUUUUGCGUUAAAAAAGGUUUCAUCUGUAGUUUUGUUAGAUUUUAAACCUGAAAAGGGUCCACAAAACAGUUUUUGAUGGUUCAAUGUUUAUAUUAGCAUCACAGAAUUUACUGACAUGAUGGAACAGAGUUUGAAGAUAGCAAUAAAAAAAAAAUCAUUUAAGGGUAUGGCAAACUUUGACGUUGCUGGGUGCAUCCUUAAGUUGUAGGUAAUUACAUGUUUUAAGAUGUUAAAAGUUGUGUAGAUCAAAUGGGGACUUUGCAGGCCAACCUUGAUUAUUACCUCCCGGCUGGUCGUCCUAGGAAUUGAAUAGCCCAUGUAUAAAGGUUUUCAGCUUAAACGGGGACAUAUGAUGCUCACUUGUGUUGACCCAGCUGGGGAGAUAAUAAGAGUUAGCCCCAAAGUCCCUUUGCAAACAUGAGAUGCUCCAUUGCAUUUCUCCAAUCUGUGAUCUGAUCAAACUUGUUAAGGUACUAUGCCCAUUCAAGUUUGAUAUCUCCUCAUUUGGCUGGGAUCAGAAGCAUCUUCGUUCCUGUACUGUGUAGAGUAGCAACUCAUUUACACAAAGUUGGUGGGGGUUUGGAUUUAGGUUUGUGUUAUCAGGAUAGAAUGAAAUUUACAAGAACACCUUGGAAAUUGAAUUCCUCUUUGUAUUAUUUGGAACUUUGUGUUAAGAAAAGGGUUUGCAAGAACGAGUUGCCACUGUAUGAGGUAAUUUGUUGGUCAAACAGCGACUUAUGGGUCAGCUUUGAUAAGCUACAGAGUUGGUCACCUCCAAUCUUGCAUAUACCAUUGAGUGUAUUCAAUUUUUCAUCCAGUGUUGUUUUGAACAGUUUUAUAGUUUUACAUACAUGUACACAAUCUAUAUAAAGUUCUGAAAUGGAUAGUGCAUGCAAGAGUGUUUUGUUCAUAUAUGAAAAUGUGACAUAUUACAAAUUUACCCUUGGUUCAGUUUGUUGUUAUGAAUUUCUGAUGUUUGUGUUUGUUUUUGUUUUUUGUAAAGAGUGAGUUAAAUGUCUUAACAAGACAUGUUCUCAUGCAAUGCAAUCAAUGCAAUCAAUUGUUAAUCUUUUCCUGUUAUGUGGAAAAAAAUGUGUAUGCUUUAAGUAAUGAAUACCCUUUGUUUCAUCACAACUUCUGUAGUGACAUCACCUGCAAAGAACACUUUUUCUGGGUUUGAAUUCCAAGCGUGAUGACCACCGCCAAUUAUAAGUGUGGGUUCUGCUUCUAAAGGAACAUUAAAAAAAUAGUUUUUAUUGAAUUGAAUCUUGUCUUCCUGAUGAUUUAUAAAAUAUUUUAGAUGGGAAUCUGUAGAUGAGUUAUACAACAAAUGAUAAAUGUUUUAUUCAUCGGAUAGAAUAUUUUCAUUUUAGUGGAAGAUUGGCCGUUCCGCCAGCUCCUGGUAUGGUGCAACUAAUCUUUCACCUCAUGAAAAUAUUCUUACCAGAGCACUCUCAAAUUAUAUGUAUAACAUUUUGUUAUUUGAUGUAGCUAGUAUGAGCAAUGUUGUAAUACAUUUGUUAGUUGUGUAUUAAAAUGUAACCACUAGCCUGUAUUAAACAGUAUAUCAUAUUAUAAUAGUUAGAUCAGGUAUAUACAGUUUACAAUUCACCGUUCAUAGUGUACAUGUUAAAAAAGUUGAUUGUUCAGUAUUAUUGCAGUUAAAUGCUGGUUGACCAAAAUUUGUGGAAUGGCUGGUAUUUCAGAAAAGGAGUUGAAACAGAAGGUCAGGUUUAUCAUUGAAGAAAUAUUAUUUGGGCAAAAGCUGUUUUAUAUCAAAUUCAUUCUAAAAAUAAAUCAUGUUUUGUAUUAUAGGUAUACCUACACUACAUUGUACAUUACUCUGUAUUUUACCAAAAUGUCUGUAGUGACAUCACAUGCUUUUCGUGCGUGCUUCAUGAUCGUUAAGAUAAGGUGAUUGAAUAGGCAUGGACAGGUUGAUACGCUUGGAACGCAAACUAGUUGACGUCACUACAAAUGUUUUGUGAAACAAAGGGUAUUGUCGUCGUAUUCAAAUUUGAAUUUAGAUUCUCUGUAGGGCCCACCAGUGGGAAUAGCCCAGCACCCAUAGACAGUCAAAAUGAAGAAUGAUGUGCAAAACUAUAAUGCUGGUUGAAGAGAUGAAUGAUCACUAUGUCUGGUUUGUCGUCUACGUCGGACUAUAACCCAACUCCAUGGACAAUGUGACCUAUUAUCUGACAUGAAAGUGAUAAUUUAAAAUGUCUAUAUGUAGUCCAUUUUCCAACAGUUUUGUUUGACUGUAUUUCUUUGCCCAAUACUUUUGUACAAAGAAGACAAGAUUAGCACAAAAGUGAUGUAUUGGUCAUGUUUUGAUGUUACUAUCCAUCCACUAAAAUGUAAUGUUUAUAUGUUCAUAACAUAUCACUUUGUAACCCGAGUUCUAUACAAAAAUGAAAUGGAUUAUGGAAUUCGGAAUCCUGGGUUCAGAACACAAAUAUGCUGAUACUUUCCACUUGCUUUUAUUAACAAAUGUAACUUUCAUUCUUUAAAUUAAGAUCUUGAUUAAAGAGACACGGGCAUAUUUGGGAAAUAUUUGUCCAACUCUGAUAUUUCUGUUGCGAUCUUAUUUUGAUGUACACAUCUUGACUGCCCAGCACGCCAUUCCAAAGUGGAUAUUUUCAAAGCAGAUACUAAUGCCCUCGCUGGGACUGAAGGUUUUUGUAGGGAUUUUAAAUAAAAUGUUAUUAUUCAGAUCCAUAUUCAUGCCGCCUUUAAAAGCAAAAUCACCACUUACGAUUUUUUUUUUUUUUAACAGCUUGAAGCGAAAUACAUUAGUUUUUAUCAUGUCAGAUUUCAAUUUUGUAACAUCUAAACAUGAAAAUUAAGGUUUUGCAAAAACGCUAUUCAGAAGCUUAGUACUCAAACUCUUUCUUGUGUAUACCAAAUUAUGAUAGAGGUAAAUAUUAAUGUUAUGUAGUUUGCUACUCCAAUUUCAAUAUUGCAACACCAUGAUUCACUUUUAUAUGGGAAUUUUUGUUUUUAAAGGUCACUGGGGGCUGAUUUCACUGCAAAAGAAGGCAUGAAUAUGGGUCUAAACAAUCCCCAAGUUGCGAGUAACUCCUCUCCUACCAUACCUGUAUAACAGCCCACCUAUGUGUUCGUUGUCCUCUGAACUGAGAUGUAUCAUGUUUUGUUGGAACCUUGUUUUAUAAGCCUUAUUUUUUCAAAGUUGUCUUUAAUAAUAAAAACAGUUUUGCUGUAUUUGAAAGGCA